CCCGGAACACCCACCCCCUGACACCCUGAAGAUACUAUUCAAUCUACUUGUUCAUUUCAAGCUUCCAGUUCCCUUAUCCACAUGAACUGAUCAAAUGAAUUUUCUCUACAAAUCCAUCCAAACCCUCUCCCUCAAUCUCAAUCUCAACCCCAAUCUCCCACCUCCAUCUUUCCACCAUCAAACCCCCCUCCACCCACCCAAACCCACCACCACCGGUUUCCGCCAAUGCCGCCGCUCAAUCCCACCCACCUUGGCCUCCGACCACCCCGCCUCCAUGUCGGAAAUCGACAUGGUCCCAAACAAAGAGGGCAUCUUCACUGCAAAACCCAAAAAAGUCGUCAUCUUAUGGGACCUCGACAACAAACCCCCACGCGGCCCUCCAUACGACGCCGCUUUAUCCCUCAUUAACAUCGCCACUCAUUUCGGUGAAGUCGUUGACGUCUCCGCUUACGCUAACCGCCACGCCUUCGUCCACCUCCCUCACUGGGUCCGUGACCAACGCCGUGAUCAACGCCGUCAAGAUUUUCUUGAACGGAAAGGCGCCGUUACCCCACCAGAACCCUACAUUUGCAGUGUGUGUGGACGCAAAUGCAAGACUAAUUUAGAUUUAAAAAAACAUUUCAAACAGUUACAUCUUAGAGAAAGGGAGAAAAAGAUGAAUAGAAUGAAGAGUUUGAAAGGAAAGAAACGACAGCGUUUUAAGGAGAGGUUUAUUAGUAGUGAUCAUAAGUAUAUGGAGGCUGCUAGGACUUUGAUUACGCCCAGAGUCGGGUACGGGUUGGCGGCCGAGUUAAGACGGGCCGGGGUGUUUGUUAAGACAGUGGAGGAUAAACCGCAGGCGGCGGAUUGGGCGUUGAAGCGGCAAAUGCAGCAUUCGAUGAGUAGAGGGAUUGAUUGGUUGGUGUUGGUUUCGGAUGAUUCGGAUUUUGUUGAGAUGUUGAAGAGGGCGAGAGGGUCGAAUUUGGGGACGGUGGUUGUUGGUGAUUGGGAUAGGGCGUUGGGUCGCCAAGCGGAUUUGUGGGUUCCGUGGAAUCGGGUUGAGAAUGGGGAGAUUACGGAGGAGGAUUUAGUGAUUAGAAGGAGAAGUGGUGAGGAUGUGGACGAUGUUAAUGCGGGUGCGUUUGUAUCCGAUUUUGAUGAACGGGGUAUGAGUUUAGAUGGUGUUUUGGAUGAACUAGUGAGGGAACGAAACGGGUUUAAUCAGUCCAAGAUUUCGAUGUUUUCUGAAGGGGAAGAAGAGGAUGAUGAUGAUGAAAGUGAUUACUUAUCUGAUAGUGAUGAUGAUGAAGAAGAUGAUUGGUACAUUUGAUAGGAAAAACGGUCUGUCUUGUUCUGUAUGGAGAAGAGAUGCAAGUUAGAUUGCCGACAUAGAAGUAUGGUUCCCAGAAUUAUUUGAUCUAAAGAUUCUUGCUUGUGGUUGGCAAUGGCCUUUCCUCGAGUCCACUUUUACAGGGAAUUCUUCUUUUGGUUGUUUAUAUAAUUAUUCUUUAUGAAUACUUGAUUUAUGUAGAAAGUUAUGAUCUUAUAGAUUUAUAUAUUUAAUGUUAGUUUGAUGCUCUCAAGUUGUCUUCUUAAUCCAUAGUUUUGACUUUUGAUGAUAAAGAUAGAUGUAGGGAAAUGAGAUCCUGUAAAACUGUACAUAAUGGAAUUUGGAGCCUUUAUA